AUGAGACCGCCCCCUUCUUCGGCUUUCUCGGCGCCGCCGCGGCUCUCGUCUUCUCAUGUAAUGGGGGCGGCCUACGGGACGGCCAAGAGCGGCGUCGGCGUGGCGUCCAUGGGAGUCAUGCGCCCGGAGCUCGUCAUGAAGUCCAUCGUGCCCGUUGUCAUGGCUGGAGUGCUCGGUAUCUACGGGCUUAUUAUCGCUGUCAUCAUCAGUACCGGGAUCAACCCCAAGGCCAAGCCCUACUACCUCUUCGACGGCUACGCCCACCUCUCGUCCGGGCUCGCCUGUGGCCUUGCCGGACUUGCUGCUGGCAUGGCCAUCGGCAUUGUUGGUGAUGCUGGAGUCAGGGCAAAUGCUCAGCAGCCCAAGCUGUUUGUCGGCAUGAUCCUCAUCCUCAUCUUCGCAGAGGCGCUCGCUCUCUACGGUCUCAUUGUCGGCAUCAUCCUGUCAUCCCGAGCUGGCCAGUCUCGUGCCGAUUAG